UACAAAAGACAUUAAAAAAAAAAAAAAUGUAUGAAGAUAGUCUGAAGGAUAUAAAUCUUCCUUUUGAAAUAUUACAAGAUACCUCUGCCAAAAACUCUCCACGAAUAUCGUCAACAAAUUCAACUCUAAAUGUCUCAUCUGAAUCGUAUGGAUGUCAAUCCACCUUUGUUGAUCACGAGCAAAAACAGCGAAUUAUCGAUAGCGAUUGGGGAGGAUACGCUUUGGAUUUUGAUUUAUGGGAUGAUAACAAAUCUCCCGUGAUACAAAUAAGACCAAAUGAGAUAUCAUUCGAUGAUAGGGAAUGCUGCGGUUUUUUAUCAGACAGAUUAAUAGGCACCGGUUUAUCCUUUUUAACAAGAUCACCCGAGAAUGGUCUUUACAUUCUCGGUAAAUGUGUCCUGAAAUACAGAAAUCUAACAGACGUCACUAUGUUGCAAUAUCAUCGACACUUGCAAUAUAUUAAUAUCGCCUAUAAUAAUAUAUCGUGUUUAUCGUUUUUGGGCAGUCUUCCAUAUCUAAUGUAUCUUAACGCAGCGCACAAUGAGAUUAAGCAUUUGCCAAAUUUCGCACCUCCUUGGUAUCUUACCUACGUAAAUUUAUCUUAUAAUCAUAUGACGGAUAUAGGCGACUUGAAAAAUUGUUGGAGUAUCGUCAGGUUAAAUUUAUCUCACAACACUAUAGAAAACAUCUCUGGUCUAGAAAAUUUAAAACACUUGCAAUAUCUAAACUUAUCCUACAACCUUAUCGAAUGUAUAAGAAAUUUGGACGGUCUGAAUAUACGGGAAUUAAAUUUAGAAGGCAAUUGCAUAACGUCGUUUAAAUCCGCUAUACCCGGUCGUGGCAUAAACACGUUACUUCAUCUACGAAUAAUAAUUCUAGGAUACAAUAGAUUAUCGACUUUAGAAUUUUUCAAAGAUGCGUACAAUUUACGUUACGUAGAUCUAAAAUUUAAUAAAAUCUCCGACCUGUUGGAAAUACUGAAUCUGAAGGGUUCAAUAGAUGAAGUAGACUUGACAGGUAACACUUGCACAAAAUGGCCCAAUUAUCGAAACAUGUUGAUAUCCUCUAUACCCAGCAUUAGAUUUAUCGAUGGUGUUGAAGUAUUUACGACCGAAAAGGUAACAUCAGCCAUGCUAUUCGCAUCGUCGUUAGAUUUGAUAGCUGCCCGUAAAGUAGCAAAAUUAACAUUACUAGAGCAGUUAAAUAUCACCAAAACAGAUGACCAUGUGCAACCUUAUGAUAAAAUCAACCCUCCUCUGAUGAUAUUAACAGGACCAUCAGCACUGCAAAAAAUGGCACUGGCAUUGCACCUAGCUCGAACAAUUCCUGAAAAAGUAAAAUACUGUCGCUGGCAUACUACAAAAGAAAUAUGUGAAGACGAUGACGAGCAUAAUGCUUAUAUUCUUGUAAACCGGGAAAAGUUUAACGACAUGGCACGACGUGGAGAAUUUUUAGUUAUCUUAGACCUGUUGGGUGAAAGUUAUGGAUUCCAUACGAAUCAAAUCAGUCCGUUGAUAUUUGAAAACAGAAUUGGACUUACACAAAUGAAUCUCUAUGCAGUUACAGAAAUCUCUAAACGAUAUCCGAACGUCAAGCCGAUCUUGGUACUAACACAGAGUGAGGAUCUUCACAGAGACUGGAUACAUGAGAAAUUUGACGUCCACACGUGGAUCAAAGACAGCGUAGAAAAUUUGUUAAUCGUUAAAAUAAGCAAACAUCGAGAAGAUAAGGAAGCAGAAACUGCUAGUUGUAAAUUAAAUUUCAUCAAGGAAAUUUUGGACGAGAUAAUGCACCGUCUAGAAUUCCCAAGUUACAGCAUCAGCGUAAGGCCGCAAAAUGGAGCUACAAUGACAGACAUAAUAUUGCAAAGUAAAACGAUGUUACCGAAAGUCGUAAUACAAAGGAGUGAAUUAGUGGCGAAAGAAAAAAAACGCGUUGCACACAGGAAAAGUAAAGAUAAUCAACUGUCUGAAAAAAAUGAUGUGAUGGGAUUAAAAGUACUAUUAGAUGAGGAAUCAAAUAUCAUCGUCGAUGAUAAAAAGACAAAACAUGAAAUGCAUAGAUCAAGGAUGGUACGUCGUCGUAAUACCUUGAUCAGAACACUUAAUGAUUUUGAUAAUAAUGAUCUUAGCGAAUCAAUAUCUUCCGAAGAAGAAGCGCAAAUACGUGAAGAAAAACCAAUGCAUGAAAGAGAAGAAGCAUUAAAAAAUACAUAUGUUGAACUUGUUCUAAAAACUAGACAAUUGUAUUUAGAUUAUCACGAAAGUCAUCCUGGCUUUUUUACUUUGGUGUUACUUAUGGAUGAUUAUGCAGAAGCCUUUAACUCCCUAAGUAAAUUUAUUCAUGAAUCAUACAUAAGCCAACCUUAUAAGAGACCAAUUUUUUUGUCGGAAAUGGAACAUUUUAGACAGAUAGCAAUUCCUAUCGAGCUUGAAAAUAUUGUUAAUGAAAUUAGAGGAAAUUUGUCAACAUCAAAACUGCAACAUAGAACGAUAUUAAAAAUGCAGGGGAAUAUAUAAUCAAAAAACCUAAUAAAUUAUAAUUGUAAAUGCAUAUUAAAUGAAACAUAUUAUAUAAAAUUUGUCCUCGUUUAUCC